GUCCAGGGCUUCUGUGUCCGCAGCUGGUUUCUCGGGAUUCAGCACGGCGUCGAGCAGGUCCUGAAGUUGUCGGAGUCCCGAGCUGUUGCAACUGAGAGUUUGGGACCGUCCCACCCCGCUCAAAGUCUUGCCAUUUCACGAUUUACCAUGAUUAUAGAGGACUCUGCCAAAGGGUCAUGGGAGGCCAGUGGUCAUCUUCAUCUUCAUUAGGUGAGAAGCUGGGGUACAACAGCUGAAGGAGUUGGAAAGCUGCCUGCAGCAGGUAGACACAUUUGAGGAGCCAAAAAUCCUCCUGGAGCAGUAUCCAACCAGCCCUCACAUUGCAGCAUGCAUGCUUUACACGAUUCACAACACGUUUGACGACAUUGAGGGUAAACUGGUGGCAGAUUUCGGCUGUGGUUGCGGAGUCCUCAGCAUCGGGGCUGCCAUGCUGGACGCAGGGUUGUGCGUCGGUUUUGAAAUCGAUGAGGACGCACUCGAGAUAUUCAGAAGGAACGCAGAAGAAUUUGAGCUCUCUAACGUGGAUCUGCUCCAGUGUGAUUUAUGCCACCUGCAAGCAGAGGCUUAUGGCCAAAAGUUUGACACUGUUAUAAUGAAUCCACCGUUUGGUACAAAACACAACCAGGGGAUGGACAUGAAGUUCCUCCGCGCUGCUUUGACCAUGUCAAAGUCGGCUGUUUAUUCGCUUCAUAAAACAUCAACACGAGAGCACAUACAAAAGAAGGCUAAUGACUGGGGAGUGAAGAUGGAAGUCAUUGCAGAACUGAGAUAUGAUUUGCCAGCUUCCUACCGCUUCCACAAGAAGAAGUCUGUUGACAUCCAGGUGGACUUUCUCCGAUUCUCCAAAGCCUGAAUGUUUUUUACUGGAAUGGGCUUUAAGUUGCCUCUGCAUUUUUCACCGUUUGUAAUAAAUGUGUUUGCUAAAGAAAAAACUCUGGACGUCGUCUCCACAUUACGAGCCGUUUUCAGUUUUGAAAACUUUCGCUGGAGGACCGUCUGCGUCUUCAAGCUCUCUCUUUGGGGCUGCAGGUGCUGCAAGAAAAACGGGACACAUCAAAUCAUCUUUAAAUGUUUGAGAAUGAGGAUGCUGCUGCUGAGAAUAUGUAAAACAAUGCGAAGUAAUUAUAAUCUAUUACAUUUUGUAUUUUUGUAUAUUUUAUUGGGAUUUUAUGUGAUAGAUCAAGUCAAUGUAGAACAAUUGUUAAUUGGAAAGAAAAAUGCACAUACUCCAAUACUAUACAGAAACUUGACUCAAAAUAAAAUUCAUUGCUUUUA